AUGGCUGUUACCACCACAUUCAAGCUCUCACUCUUCUUCACUCUCGUCUCACUUUCAUUAUCGGCUGUUCCCCCAGCAUGCAGCCGCAUAGAGUGCCCCAAUUACGAUCUCGUACAAGCCGGAAAUGGCUAUGAAAUCCGUCGCUAUAAUUCAACUGUUUGGAUUUCCAGUGACCCCAUUCAAGACAUUUCUCUUGUUGAGGCUACAAGAACCGGUUUCUUGAGGCUUUUUGAUUAUAUUCAGGGUAAGAACAACUACCAUCAAAAAAUUGAGAUGACUGCACCUGUUCACUCUGAGGUCUUUCCUAGUGAUGGACCCUUUUGCAAGUCUUCAUUUGUUGUAAGCUUUUAUGUGCCUAAAAAGAACCAAGCAAAUCCACCUCCCGCAGAGGGUCUUCAUGUUCAAAGAUGCAAACCUGUGUAUGCAGCAGUUAGACAGUUUGGUGGAUUUGUCAAAGAUACAGACGUUGGCGAGCAAGCUGCGGCGUUGAAGGAAAGUAUUGCCGGUACUAAGUGGUCGUCUGCUAUUGAUCAAGGUAGUGAUGGUCAUGCUUCGGUUUACUCUGUGGCUCAGUACAAUGCCCCUUUUGAAUUUGAUAAUAGGGUGAAUGAGAUUUGGUUCUUGUUUUAUUUAUCAGACGAGAACCACUCGCCAAUUCCAGGUAGUAUGUAA